AUGUAUCACGAUAUAAAUUGCAUUGGAGGUGCAAGUGAAGCUGAGGUUGGUGAGAAGAAAGACAGAGUGACAGAUGCUUUGAAUGCCACUAAAGCAGCUGUUGAAGAGGGUAUUUUGCCAGAAGGAGGUGUGGCUCUUCUAUAUGCAGCGAGGGAGUUGGAGAAACUUCCAACAGCCAACUUCGACCAGAAGAUUGGUGUGCAGAUCAUUCAGAACGCUUUGAAGACACCUGUGCACACAAUUGCUUCAAAUGCUGGAGUGGAAGGUGCUGUUAUUGUUGGCAAACUCUUGGAGCAAGAUAACACAGACCUUGGUUAUGACGCUGCUAAAGGGGAAUAUGUGGAUAUGGUGAAAGCUGGUAUCAUAGAUCCUCUGAAAGUGAUCAGGACCGCUUUGGUUGACGCUGCGAGUGUGUCAUCUCUGUUAACAACAACUGAAGCAGUAGUGGUGGAGCUUCCCAAAGACGAAAGCGAGGCAGCAGGAGCUGGAGCAGGCAUGGGUGGUAUGGGAGGCAUGGAUUAUUAAUUACAUCACUAAACUCUCUGUCUUUUUCUU